AUGCCAGCCGAUCAUGGAAGCAUUGCAAAACGACCCGAGGCGCAGAAAGUUUUUGAGACGUGGUGGGACAGGGUGAAGGCAUCAACUGAGAAGAAAAAGGUGACGUGUGCCAGCUUUGAGUCUUCUGAGGUGACUGCAUUCUUGCCGCCACCCUUAUCCCGAAUGGUCCUAGCUGAGGGACCAUUUGGGCCACAGGGCCGCUUUUACGGCGGUUUUCAUGGACCUGUCGUAGCGGCAGCCGCCACGCCAGGCUUCUCUUCCGUCGAUCCAGUCUACCCGCCGCAGCCAUACAGCUUUGGCUACGACAACGUGGACGAGUUCGGCACGCAGUCCUACCACAAGGAACGGAGCGACGCCAACAACGUGAAGACCGGAACGUACGGCUAUCGGGACGCGAACGGCAUCUUCCGCCGCGUGUCGUACGUGGCUGACGCUAACGGCUUCCGCGCCACCGUCGACACCAACGAGCCGGGAACCGCGCCUGGCUCCAGCGCUGACGUGGUCUUCAACGCCAGACCCGUCCGUGUUCCCGUGGCGGCGAAAUCGGCGUCGGCUCCUGUGCCAGCGUACGCUGCUUCGGGCGCCUUCGGCCGGGCUCCGUGGUUCCGUUAA